GGGGGAGGGACCUAUUAUACUUAACCUUUAGAAGCACCCGCAACGCACUCUAUUUUCCACCCAAAACAAUAAAAAAUAAAAAAGCAUUCAUGGUCAUUGGUCUCUCGACCUGUCAAAAGAACAUACAUGGUCUCUCGAAUUUCUGCCCUGUUUUUCCUUUGAACAUCAAAAUUCCAUCCACAUAUAUACACCUGACUUCAGUAUUCAGUGUAGCAUGAAUUAAGCGAGAAAGAAAACUAAGGAAUAUAAAAAAAGAUGAAUAAAACCAUGGGAGACGAAGCUCAAGUUGUUAGCUACAAGUGGAAAAGAGCAUUUCUGAUAUUAAACUGUUUCAUACUGGCCAUCGGAAACUGCGGUGGCCCUUUGGUGAUGCGGCUGUAUUUCAUCAAAGGCGGCAAAAGAAUCUGGUUUUCAAGCUGGCUCGAAACCGGAGGAUGGCCUAUUACUUUCAUCCCAUUAUUCAUUUCCUAUUUCCACCGCCGCAGGAAAAACGGCCCGACCACGAAUCUCAUCAUCAUGAAAUAUCCCGUCUUCGUCGCCAGCGCCGUCAUCGGCUUGCUCACCGGUCUAGACGAUUACUUGUACGCCGUUGGCAUCGCCCGACUUCCUGUUUCGACAGCGACCAUCGUGAUUGCGUCCCAUCUGGGAUUCACUGCCUUGUUUGCUUUCCUUCUUGUGAAACAAAAGUUCACCGCGUAUUCGGUCAACGCCAUCGUCCUGUUGAGUUUGAGUUCCGGGGUUUUGGCCUUGCAUACAAGUAGUGACCGGCCGGAAGGCGAGUCGACUAAGCUCUACGUUUUGGGAUUCGUCAUGACGUUGUCGGCGGCGGCUCUGUAUGGGUUGGUGUUGCCUAUGGUGGAGUUGAUGUAUAUGAAGGCUAAGCAAGCUAUUACGUAUACUUUGGUGUUAGAGAUUCAGCUGGUCAUGUGCUUCUUUGCCACUCUUUUUUGCACUGUCGGAAUGCUCAUAAACCACGACUUUCAGGGUGGAAUCGCCAUGGCUAUUAGACGGCCCGGCCAGAUUCCGGCACUGCUAAUCAACGGCAGUGGUGGUCUUAAUUGAACUCGCAACAUACUGGUACGAAAUAGAUCGUAUCAAUUCUGCAAUCCCAAGAGAAGGAAGGGCAUAUGAGUUAGGAGAGAGAAAAUACUACAUAGUGGUGGUAUGGAGUGGCAUACUAUGGCAAUUCUUUUUCUUGGGUGCCAUCGGAAUUAUUUAUUGCGCAUCGUCGUUACUAUCCGGAAUUAUGAUCGCCGUUUUGCUUCCGGUAACCGAGAUUUUGGCCGUGAUAAUCUUCAGGGAGAAAUUCCAAGCGCAGAAGGGCGUGGCACUUUUUCUAUCCCUUUGGGGUUUUGUUUCUUACUUUUAUGGUGAAUUUAAACAUAACAACAACAGGAUUGAAGAAAGGUCAACUGAUGUGAAGAACCCUUCUCAAUCACCUGAGUUGAUGAUGACUCAAAAUUUUGCCCCACGAAACUGUUAGUAGUUAAACAAAAAAUUUGUCGUGCAAUAGAAACUCUCUAUUUUUAAUACUUUUUGCAUCUUAAAAUAAAAAUUCUUAUUGAUAUUAUCAUGUAUAUUGUAUAUAUGGAAGUGGAUAGAAAUUUUGUUAGAAAUGAAAGGGAAAAUUAAUCGGCCUCUUGCACUCUAGCUAAGAACUAGG